GGUCGGGGGUCAAGGUGAAGGCUGUUGUGAAGCUGAUGAAUGCUUGCUGACAUGACCACGCUUGGUAAACACGCGGGAAUCUCCACGCGUUGGUGAGCACAUAUCGAUCACCCGGGGUGGAAGACUCAGACAUGGAUGAAAAUCAGUUGAGACAGUCGGAGGAAUCAGCGCAAGAUGAAGUUUGGAGACGCGCCUUUCAGAUGUUUGAUAAGGACAACGACGGCACCAUCUCACUCCAUGAACUGGGAAGCGUGCUCAGAAGCCUCAACUACAAUCCAACCCAGAAACACGUGUCUGAGGCUGCAAAGAGGUUGGACAGAGAUGGCAAUGGCAAGUGCGACUUCGAGGACUUCCGGUCGUUCAUGAAGGAAACCAAGCAGAGCUUACCUCACAAGGAGGACUUCCAAGACGUGAUGCUGCGAGCGUUCAAGACGUUCGACAGGGACGGGAACAAGUUCAUCGACAGGAAGGAGAUCCAGGGUGUACUCACCAGCCUGGGGGAAUGUCUCUCUGAGGCAGAGCUGGACUACAUGAUGAAAUACGCUGAUCUCAAUGGAGAUGGCAAGAUCGACUAUGAGGAGUUUGUCAACUUGUGCCUCCAACCUUGCUUAUAGUAUCUCUGAUACACGAGAAACAGCUCGUUCCUGUAGCGGAACAUUGUCGACAAGAUCCUCGCCACUCCGUCAUUCACUCCGAAAGCCCCCGCAGUACCACGUGUAUUCCUUAUACCAAGACAUCUCCAACAGUUAAAUCUGCAAGUUUAUGCACUCAUUACCAUUAGUUUAGACAUGACCACUCUCUUCUACUGUGGUGGACCAUCAAGGAAAA